UUUAAAUGCACGGUGUCUCGCUGUUUUUGUUCUGUUUUCUAUUUCUAUCUUUAUUUGAUUUCAUUCCAAUCAAGCCAUGGAACCGGAUAAGUUAGCCCAUGAAACGACGGAACCUGUUGUCUCGUCUCGGGAUGAGAACGUCGAUGGGAAGCGUCCGCCCCCACUACUGGCGAAACUUGUUGCGGUGCUGCUCAUAUCAUGCAUCAGUUUUGGCUCGCACUGGAGCUCAGGGGUUACGGGUGCUAUGAAGAGUACCAUCAAGAAGCAAAUGGAUGUCUCGAAUACGCAGUUUUCUCUCUUAGAAGCAAGUGAAGACUUCAUGGCCACUGUGCUUUUGUUAGCUAGUGGUAUUAUUACAGAUCGCGUUGGUGGUGCAGAAAUGAUCGUCUAUGGAAAUGUCGUAUAUACAAUCGGAUCUAUUCUCGUUGCAGCAGCGACAACAGUGCGCUCAUUCAAUUUCAUGAUCGCGGGCCGUGUUGUUUUAGCGCUGGGCGAUAUUGCUACCCAAGUUGCGCAGUAUAAGAUGUUUUCAUCGUGGUUUCCGCCCAGUAAUGGGUUUGCGUCUACCCUCGGUUUUGAGCUGGCAAUUGGAAAGAUUGGUGGUUUCGUCGGCAAAUCCACGGCAAAUGUUAUCGCCAAGAACACUGGAAACUUUGCCUGGGUCUUCUGGACCUCCGUAUUCAUGAACCUUUUUACCAACGCUGCAACAAUCACAUUCUGGUUCUUCACGCGCUACUGUAACAAGCACUACAGUGGACGACAAGACGCAGCAACCAAAGAAGUGCUAACAGAGAAGAACAAGAAAUUCGACCUCCACAAAAUAUUCCAGCUGCCGUGGAUGUUCUGGGCUGUUCUAGCCUUUUCACUAUUCCAAACAAGCACUGCCCUUGUUUUCAGCCAGAAUGCGACAGAGCUGGCCGAAAAGCGGUUUGAUGUUGAUUCGAUCACGGCUGGGUGGUAUAGUUCUCUGUCGCAAUAUGCAGGUUUCUUCUUGGUCCCAUGUAUUGGCGUCUUCAUCGAUGUGCUCGGAAAUCGCGCAAGUAUCUUAUCUGCCUGUGGAAUCGGUAUAUUCAUAAGCAUGGUCCUGGUUAACUUCGCCAAUACAAAAGCCGGAACCGCCGCUUCGUUUGGCGUCUUCGCCGUUGCCUCGACGUUCGGUCCGACGUCUAUCAUUGAUAGUAUACGUACUACAUUAUGGCAUCAAUCGGUGUUUGGAUCUGCUUACGCUCUGAAAGUCACAAUGAACAACGCAAUGAAUAUCAUAGUCCGCAUUAUAACCGGCGCCCUCCAAGACGCCGACAACGACUCCUACCACCGUGUUGUCCGAGUCUAUCUCUUCCUUGCGGCAGCGUCAGUUGCCAUCGGGCUGGCGAUAUUACUCGGCUCACUGACGACGGAUAGCCUUGCGCCGCUGCAGUGGACGAGGAAGCAACGGCUAACUAUAGGGCCAGAGCAUAUUUCCAAGAUCCGCGAGCAGCAUCUGGUCACGUCCUACGCUCGUAAUAAGGUUAUUUCAAUUUGCUGCUUUGCGGCACUCAUGCUUUUGACCGUUGGUGGGUGGGUGGCGUACAUCUGGGGUGCAGUUACAGGGAAUAACUCGUAGGUUUUAUUAUUGUUCUUAUAAGAACACAAAUUAUGUAAUUUAUAUCUCUUAUUGAAAAUCUUCAUCGUCUUUUAACCCAC